AUAUUAAACAGUAAAUAACCUCUAUUUUUUUAUGAUAUAUAUAUAUAAAAAAAUCAACCAUAAAAACAGAACUCCGUUAAAUUCAAAAAUUAAAAUAAAGAAAUUUAUAUUCACAAGAAGAGAGUAAGCCCUAAAACUCUGUCAAGUUUGUGGUUUUGGAAAAGGAAAAAAAACUCUUCCUGAAACUAAAAACGAUGUCGUCGGCCGAGAAGGAGAGAGAAACUCAGGUUUACUUGGCCAAGCUCGCCGAGCAGGCCGAGCGUUACGAAGAAAUGGUGGAGUGUAUGAAGAAACUUGCAAAACUUGAUGUUGAAUUGACCGUGGAGGAGAGAAACCUUCUUUCUGUGGGAUACAAAAAUGUCAUAGGUGCUAGGCGGGCGUCUUGGCGCAUUAUGUCUUCAAUUGAACAAAAGGAAGAAUCUAAGGGGAAUGAGAACAAUGUCAAACUGAUCAAGGGUUACCGCCAGAAGGUAGAGGAUGAGCUUUCUAAGAUUUGCAGUGACAUUUUGACUAUCAUAGAUGAGCAUUUGAUCCCCUCUUCUGCCUCUGGAGAAGCCACUGUAUUCUACUACAAGAUGAAAGGUGACUAUUAUCGCUAUCUUGCGGAGUUCAAGACUGACCAGGACCGGAAAGAGGCAGCUGAGCAAUCAUUGAAGGGAUAUGAGGCUGCAUCGAAUACUGCAAAUUCAGAUCUCCCAUCAACCCACCCGAUCCGUCUUGGUCUGGCUCUCAAUUUUUCUGUUUUCUACUAUGAGAUUAUGAAUUCACCCGAGAGGGCCUGCCAUUUGGCUAAACAAGCAUUUGAUGAGGCAAUUGCAGAGUUGGAUACUUUGAGUGAAGAAUCAUACAAAGACAGCACCCUCAUCAUGCAGUUGCUGAGAGAUAACCUUACUCUUUGGACCUCUGAUUUACCUGAAGAUGGAGGUGAAGAAAACUUUAAAGGUGAAGAAUCCAAACCCGCCGAUCCUGAGCAUUGAUGGAGUUCCUGAAACAACCCUGCACAUGGAGAGUGGAAAUCAAUCUACUCUUCAAGAUGUGACCUUUUUUUGGGUUUUCUUGUUCUAAUCAAAGAGAGUGGUGUGAAGAACCAAGAACGUAGAUAAUAUUUUGUUAAAUUUGUCUCUUUAGGGCCCAACUAAAGCCAGAAUAUAAGAGAGAUAUCAACUGUUCAUUUUUUUUUUCAUUUUUCUUAUUUAUCAGUUUUCUUUUGUAUUUGAUCUUUGACGCCAUGUUCUUUUUACAACUUUUUGUCUUAAGCAAUGGGUACUUUAAAUCUUUUAUAUUGCUA